GCCCUUCUCGCAGCGCUUCUCACCGUGCCCAUCCCUUCCAUCUUCCCCCAGCUCCUACUGCUGGGAGCACCGCCCUUCACAGGAAAGUCGGGAAGCUCCAGCUGAAGGCACCAACUGCCUCAUCUGCCUUGAGCCCGUGGGGGACAGCUUGUCCUACCACACCAUGGUGUGCCCAGCGUGUGCACACUGCUGGUUCCACCGGGGCUGCAUCCAGCAACAGGCCUUGAAUGCUGGCGCUUGGUGCUUCCGGUGCCCCAGUUGUCAGGACAUCCUCAUGUUCUUAGCAGAGAUGUUCCUCAUGGGGAUCCAUAUCCCACUCAGAAGACCACUAUGGGAGGAAAGUGAUGCGUAUGAAUCACUUCUAGAGAGGCACAGCCGCUGCAAUGCCUGCGAGUGCCUUUACCGUGGCGGCAGAGAGCAGGCAGAGAGAGAGGGGCCCUGGCAGCUGAUCCUCUGCAGCUCCUGUGCUGCUCAAGGCACUCACCGGCGCUGCUCCACCUUGGCAGACACCGCAGACAGCUGGGAGUGUGACAGCUGUGCUGGCCUGGGCACCGCCUCCAGCGCAAACAUGGAGCACGCCGGCUCCAGCAGUGCCAGCCGGGAGGGACUGAGGCCAUCCCACAGCUCCUCGGUGCCGGAGAACAUCAGCUCCGCAUCCACCAGCCAGGCAGCGUCGGGCCCGUCGCUCAGUUCCCAGCUGCCUGAGCACAGUGGCCAUCCCAGGGAGCCUGAGACGGAGCUCCGGCCACGUUUACACGAGGAUCAGAAUCCCUCUGAGCAGCGCCGAGGGCGUCGAAGGAGCAGACGGACACCAGCCCCCGGUGCUGAGAGCAGCUCCCAGACCUCCACCAGACAGAGGGCAUCGGGGUCCUCCACAGAGUCCCCAGCAGCUGCUCACACAAUGCGUCUCAGGCAGCGGCGGGCAGGCCAGACGCGAAGCCGCUCCCCAUUACGCGCUCGGGCCUCACAUUCACCAAACCGGCCCAGAAGACACCGUGGCAGCAGGCAGAUGCCCUUGAGGGAGUCCUCGCUGCCUGAAGACAGGCGACAGUCCACCCGCCAAGGACGGUCCCGCACACAAACCUGUUCCACAGUGGGUCGUUAGGCUGCAAAUUCCCACAGCCGGCCCUGAGGAGACCAUGAGAGCGGGAGCCGUUGCGAACACCGAGACACUCCCAAGUCCACCUUCAAAAUGAACAUCACCACAGCCAGCAUCAAAGAUCUAUGUAAAAGCAGCUGUGUUCCAUCCCCAACUGCUGGCUCUGGUCCCCAGCAGCCAACACAAUAACACCGAGACACUGCCGAGUCCAUCUUCACAAUGAACAUCUCCACAGCCAGCAUCAACGAUGUACGUACGGGCAGCUCUGUUCCAUCCCCAGCUGCUGCUCCUACGUACAUCUUUGAUGCUGUCCCCAGCAGCCAACACAAUAAAGCUGGGUGACCUCA